AUGUCCUCGGCCGAAAUCGAACCCUUGACCGCAGCGGGCCGCGAUCACAUGGCAACUGAUCACCUCCAAAAGCAGCUCGAGCGCGCCUUUGUUGCCAAUCCGGAGACGUCUGAGCCGAAAGGCUUAGACCACACAGCUCCGGAAGGCGAAGCGGAAUUUGUUUUGACCCCCGAGGGAGGUGCAGUAAUGGAACCGCAAGAUGCAACAGGCACUUCGACAACUGGGAAGAAGCUCAAGGCUCAGUUCGGGCGUAAUCGCACCCAUAACGAGCAGGUAUUUACUGCUCCUUGUGGGAUGAUAGUUGCUCGGGAAACCUUCUAUCAUGCGGAGGGCACUGGUGCUGUUGCGGAAAUGAUCCAACGUGUCUAUCGGAUCGAAGGCACCCUCCCGGAGCAUAUUUUCUACGACAACAACUGUUCACUGGCCAAGGUAGUAAAGAAUAUUCCUUGGUUUGACAAGAAAGACCAAGCACGCAGUCACAGACGAAUUCUGUCAAAAGAACUGCAAUCCCGUCAGUCAUCCCGAGCUCACAGGUGA